AUGAGGAACGCUAUAAGAGCUGUAGAAGAGAAGAAGACGAAGACGGCAACAAUAAGUAACACGCGACUUCCAACAAAGUUGGCAGAUGUAGGAAUAGAAGGGAAAAAAUCGAAAAAAGAGCCAACUGGACGACUCGCAGAAAAAGCGAUAGAGAAUUGCUUCGCCAGAGAUAACAACGGUUGUCGGAAUGGUGAGGAGAAGGCCAUAAAGAGAAGAGUAGGAGACGAAGGAGCUGCUGAAAAGCAAGGAAAAUCUAAAAACAAAACCACCAAUGAAGGAAGAAGGAGAUACAGCAGCAGCGUCGGACAUUCCGGUAACGAUGAUAGCCCUUGCGACCCACCGACACUUGAGGCGCACGUCGAGGCGAUCCGUGAGAGAAGAAUUCGUGCUCGACUCGGGUUCUAUUUAGAGUCGUUGCCCAGGACGAUCCUUAUCGAUCCAACAACCCAAGUAGAAAUUGUUAUUGGAGACGAUGGAAAACCGUAUUUCCAAUCAACAGUUACUCCGAAAACAGAGAUCUUUGAAGAAUUCGCUGGAAUUCUUCUCGAAGAGGACAAUGAGGAAGGAUGUAAAAAAAACAAAGCAAAUAUCUUCUACCUGCACUGGGUAGGGGUCCGUGGCGGUGGAGUCUUUGGCAGCGGUGGUGGGUGCAACAAUGCCAAAGACUUCUUUAGUGGUCGUGGGCUGCUCCGUCCAAGUAGUGUUGGGAUCUUCGAGGCGGAUGACUGUGUUUUAGCUACUGCAGCUGGUGUUUUUGGGAGUGGUCGAUUGGACUGUUGCUGUUGUGUAGCAGUCCGCAUUGCUGAUUGUGAUUCGAAACCUGGAAUUAAUUUCAUCCUUUACAGUUUUGAAGGUUAA